GUUCAGAAUUCCCUGCACUCCGGAACAGAUCGUUUCUACCUGGAGUUUCAUUGUCAGAUAUGAAACUCUGUUCCAGUCCAGGGGCCCUGUAUGGUUUGGCCCUUCUGGCAUUCCUGUGUCAUUGUGCAACAGCUGUGGAGAGACGCUAUUACAUUGCAGCUGUUAAUAUUAACUGGGACUACACAUCUGCCGGACAGCAAAGGACCGGAUCAUCAUAUAAAAAAGUAGUAUACAGGGAGUACAAUGAGGGAUUCACACAGCCUAAAACACAUCCUUUGUCCUCAGGGUUACUUGGGCCGACAUUACGUGGACAAGAGGGCGACACAAUCAUUGUCACAUUCAAGAACAUGGCUGAUCAUCCCUGCAGCAUCCACCCACACGGCAUCGCUUACGGGAAGCAGUCAGAGGGAUCUUUAUACUUUGACAACACGUCACUCCUUGAGAAAGAGGAUGACGUCAUUCUCCCAGGCCAAGAGCACACGUACCAUUGGGAUGUGACAUCUGAGGUGACCCCCAUGGCUGCGGACCCCCCAUGCAUCACCUACACAUACCUCUCCCAUUAUGACAUUGUCAAGGACUACAAUACAGGGUUAAUAGGCACAAUGCUGAUCUGCAAGAAAGGCACCCUAGACAGCUCCGGAAAGCAGAUUACUUUCCAUCAGGAGACUGUUCUGUUGUUUGGAGUUUUUGAUGAGAACAAGAGCUGGUACAGCACCGGGGACCCUCCGCAGGCACAGAAUGUGAAAUACACUAUAAAUGGCUACACAAAUGGCUCUGUACCAGAUCUGGACAUCUGUGCCCACUCCAAAGUCAGCUGGCACCUGCUAGGAAUGAGCUCUGAGCCAGAGCUCUUCUCUGUACACUUCAAUGGGCAAGUCCUUCUGCAUGAUGGGCACAAAACCUCCGCUGUUGGCAUCAUUAGUGGAACUGCCACUAGUGCCAGUAUGACUGGUCUCCACCCUGGACGCUGGCUCUUUUCCUCUCACAUUAGCAGGCACUUGGAAGCUGGCAUGCAUGGAUACCUAAAUAUCAAGACAUGUGAUGAGUACACAGCACCAAAAAGACGACUUACUAUCCAACAGAAACAAGAAAGCCAAGAGUGGACUUACUAUAUAGCAGCAGAAGAGAUCAUCUGGGAUUAUGCUCCAAAUAUGCCAGAAAACAUUGAUGGGGAUUUCCGAAUAAGAUAUUUAAAGCAGGGGCCUCAACGGAUAGGUAAAAAAUACAAAAAGGCUGUGUUUACCCAGUAUAAAGAUAGCACAUUUAAAGAGAGAGCGGAAGACAAGCAGAGAAAGAAGGAGCUUGGGAUUCUUGGGCCAGUGAUAAGAGCCCAAAUCAGAGAUGUCAUAAAGAUUGUCUUUAAAAACAAAGCAUCACGUCCAUAUAGUAUCUAUCCUCAUGGACUGACCAUUGAUAAAGCAGCAGAAGGAGCCAGUUAUCCUGAGGGAGGGAACCAGACACAUGGCAUUCAACCAGGAGAGACCUACACCUAUACAUGGAGUGUGUCUGAGGAAGAUGUACCAAUGGACAGUGACCCCAGAUGUCUGACCAGGAUGUACCACAGUGCAGUGGACAUUCCUCGAGACAUUGCUUCUGGUCUUGUGGGUCCUCUUCUCAUCUGUAAGAGCCAUUCUCUCAAUAAAAAGAAUGUCCAGCUAAAAGCUGACAAAGAACAGCAUGCCAUGUUUACAGUUUUUGAUGAGAACAAGAGCUGGUACCAAGAUGAGAACAUUAACACAUACUGCAGUGACCCCAAAAGAGUUAAAAGAGAUGAUCCAGAGUUUUACAAAUCAAAUGUUAUGCACACAAUCAAUGGUUAUGUUUAUGAAAGUGGCCAAGAAUUGGGAUUUUGUAAUGGUGAAAUUGUGACCUGGCAUGUGUCGAAUGUUGGUGAACAAGAUUAUAUCCAGACUGCCACUUUUUAUGGCCAUACAUUUGAGCUAAAAAAAAGAGAAGAGGAUAUGCUAAGUCUGUUUCCCAUGACUGGUGAAACUAUCUCUAUGAACAUGGUUAAUAUAGGUGUUUGGCUUUUAGCAUCACUGAACUCUCAUGACUCCACUAAAGGGAUGAGGGUGAAAUUCAAGGACCUUGAAUGCUUCAGAGAUUAUGUAAUGGAAUAUAGUAAUUAUGAGACAGAGUACACUGUAUGGAAACCUGCGCCCAUCACAGAAAUCAAAAAAGAGGAACCAAAAUCAGUAAACCCUAGCAUGGUUGAUGAGGAUACCGAUAACUAUGCAGACCUCUUAGGCUUGAGGACGUUCAAAAACUUAGAAGAUGAAGUUGAGCAAAUUGACCUUUCAGUGCUAGAUCAUGAUGAUGGUUUAUUGCCGACUGUUGAGUCAAAAAGUUUGGUCAACUUAGCAGAUAAAGUUGCGCAAAUUGACCUUUUAGCGCUAGCUCUUGAUGAUGGUUUAUUGCCAACUGUUGAGUCAAAAAGUUUGGUCAACAUAGCAGAUAAAGUUGAGCAAAUUGACCUUUUAGGGCUAGAUCUUGAUGAUGGUUUAUUGCCGACUGUUGAGUCAAAAAGUUUGGUCAACUUAGCAGAUAAAGUUGAGCGAAUUGACCUUUUAGCGCUAGCUCUUGAUGAUGGUUUAUUGCCGACUGUUGAGUCAAAAAGUCCAGCCCCAAGCAACAAGUUGAACAAAUCACACAAUGUUACUUUAGGAAUGUUCAAUCAGACUCAAACUCAUGGUUUAUCAGCUGAGGUGGCUGGUUUAGACAAGAUACAAUCUUCAUAUAAAGUCUUGAAUGAGAGCACAGAAGAGUCAUUACUAGACAUGGUGAGCAUUUUUAAUUCCAAUUCCGAGGAUAUAUUAAACAAUGAAACGGACAGUGUUAUUUCACAUUUUCCAGUUGUAGAAAGAAAGGUUCGCAAUCUACCAACAAAGCCAGUGAAUGAAACUAAAAGUGUCUCCACAAACGUCACUCUGGAUAUUCAAAUAAAUGCUAAUAUAUCAGAAGACAGCAGUUCAUCAUCUACUCGUGCUCCAAUAAUUGAAACAAACAUCAGCCACACAAUGAAUGAAACACACAGUUUCCCCACUAAUACAAGUAUCACUUCAUCUGAUGCUCCAGUUGAUGAAAGAAACAUCACUAUGGCGGAUGACAAUGCAUGGUUAAAUUCAUCUGAAUCAAAGCCCCUGCUAUCAAAUCAAACCUUAGUAAACAAAACCGUUAUUAAAGAAGAGCUAAAUGUUAAAAAUAGUACUGAAAAAGUGGAUGGUGACCGUGAUAGUUCGGGUCACGUCUUCCUAUACAACGUGCCUAGUCCUGACUCUCUGUCCAAUAUCUCAGAGACACAAGUUGAGGAGGAUUUUGUGCUUCUGGACAGUGGUCAUCCCUUGGAAAUUUCAACAGAUUUUACGACUUUGGUGGACACAGUACAGGACAUUGUUGAAAUAACUGAAAACACAAAAGGGAUUCAGGAACUCAACAGCACAAAGGGGAAUUACACCAGUGAGAUGCUUUCACAGAUAAAUUCUAAAACUGAGAGCAAUUUAAGUCUCAAUUUGCCUUUGAGAAACAGCACUGCACAGAGCAAUGAGUCUGAAUCUACAAAUGCAACCUUGCUUGAUUUCAGCCUCCACCCUGAACCUGAAAUAACAGAGAACAGAACAUCAUCCACUAAUGAUACAAUGAAAUCUCACAGUCAAAUUUCAAGGAAUGCAUCACAGUUCUUUCCUUCAGACAGCAAGGAGAAUACAUCCUUUUCUCUUGGCCCUUUCAAUGUUUCAUCGAUGAAGGAUGGCUCAGAAAGCAAAAGUGAAGAGGAAGUGGUCAUCUAUCUGAAAAACAAUCACAGCGAGGCCAUACUCACAUCUCAUAUCGACCCAAAAAAUGAGCACUGGGGAUAUGAGGGCAAACACGAAUUGGUUCAUAUGGAGAUCCCAGAUCACAUGAACAAAUACAUUAAAGACGAAUCCGCAGCAAAUUCAAAUAAGCCAAAGAGUGAAAAGAAGGAAAAGAAAAAAAAAGUAGUUCACCAGAGGGUAAAGCCGAAAAAGGGAUAUGGCAUGAAGACGAAGAAAAGGAAAGAGUAUAAGCCACAGCCACGUUCUGGUUUAUCUCCAAGAGGUUUUGGACCUUCUGUGUUGACCCCAAGGGGAACCAAGCCUGUCCCAAAUGAGGAAGACUUGAUGGAGAAGGUCAUCGUCAUAGGAGUGCCAAGACGGGACUUUGAUGAUUAUGAGUUAUAUGUUCCAAAACAAGGGCAGGAAACAGAUUUUGAUGGUGUGUUGGAUCUCCCAGAAGAAUAUGAAUAUGUAGAGUACAAAGACCCUUAUAGCAAAUCGGCAGAUUUUCAAAACCCAGUGCUUGAUACAACAUCGCAGCAUUUCUUAAAAAUAGCUGGAGACAAGAAUACCAGGACUUAUUUCAUCUCAGUUGAAGAGGAAGAAUGGGAUUAUGCUGGUUACGGGCAGAGGAGACUUGAUAAAACAUCUCAAAAUGAGAGGCCCACGGCUUUCAAAAAAGUGGUGUUCAGAAAGUACCUGGACAGCACCUUUAGCAUCCGAGACAUCCGAGGGGAAAUGGAUGAACACCUGGGAAUUCUGGGUCCAGUUAUUAAAGCUGAAGUUGAUCAGACUGUUCUGGUAUUUUUCAGGAACCGUGCCAGCCGUCCAUACUCUUUGCAUGCAAAUGGAGUAAAAUACUUAAAACAAAUGGAAGGCCUGAGUUAUGAUGACCAAUCACCUUACUGGUACAAACAGGAUGAUGCCGUUCAACCCAACAGCACCUUUACCUACAUGUGGACUAUAAAUUCCAAAUCUGGACCUCAAAAUAAUGAAUCUGACUGUCGAACAUGGACCUACUACUCUGCAGUGAAUCCUGAGAAAGAUAUAAACUCUGGGCUGAUUGGGCCAAUUCUGGUGUGCAGGAAGGGCACACUGGCUACAAAGCCUGUGGACAGAAGAGAAUUUGUCCUGCUUUUUAUGACUUUUGAUGAGAAUAAGAGUUGGUACUACGAGGAGAAUAAGGAGAGAAUUGAAAGGAAAAACAGAAGAGCAAUCAUGGAUCCAAAAUUUCAUGAAAAUUUAAAGUUUGACUCUAUCAAUGGUAUUAUCUACAGUCUCAAAGGACUUAGAAUGUACACAAAUCAGCUAGCAAAGUGGCAUCUGAUCAACAUGGGCUCUCCUAAAGACCUCCACAGUGUCCAUUUCCACGGUCAAACAUUCAUUAAUAAGGAAUUAAAGGACCACCGUCAGGGUGUUUACCCACUUUUACCAGGUGGAUUUGCCACAUUGGAAAUGUUGCCUUCAAAGCCUGGUCUCUGGCAGCUGGAGUCUGAAGUUGGACUUUCACAGCAGAGAGGAAUGCAGACGCUAUUCCUCGUGUUAGAUAACGUCUGUGAUCACCCUCUUGGUCUCAUCUCUGGAACUGUGAAAGAUGAACACAUAACAGCAUCUGACUCUAGAGGACAAUGGUAUCCUCAUUUGGCCAGACUACAUAAUACAGGGACAUACAAUGCAUGGAGUACAACAAAAACAGGACAGCAUAUUCAGGUGGACUUCCAGAGGCCGGUAGUGAUUAGUAAAGUUGCCACACAGGGAGCCAGGCAGUACUUAAAACAUAAUUUUGUGAUGAACUACACCAUUUCCUACAGCACAGACAAAAAGAAGUGGAUCUUCUACAAGGGAGACAGUGAUACUGUCAGAAAGACUUUUGAAGGGAACAGUGAAGCUUAUGAUACGAAGGAGAAUACAUUUUUCCCACCUCUGAUUGGUCGAUACGUGAGGCUACAUCCUUUACAUUCUUACAACUACCCAACUGUCCGUUUGGAGUAUUUUGGUUGUGAGCUUGAUGGUUGCUCUGUGCCACUGGGAAUGGAAACUGGCCUCAUUAAAGAUACUCAAAUCACUGCCAGUUCUGUGGCCUCCAGUUGGUACUCUGGGCAGUGGCAUCCUUGGUAUGCACGCUUAAAUAUGCAAGGGACCAUCAAUGCAUGGCAAGCCAAGAACAAUGACAUUCAGCAAUGGAUCCAAGUGGAGCUCAAGGAUAUAAAGAAAAUAACUGGGAUAAUAACACAGGGAGCCAAAUCGCUAGGCAAAGAGAUGUUUGUGAAAGCAUAUACUCUGGAGUACAGUGAAGACGGCAAAAGAUGGACAAAGUACACGGAUGAUGAGGAUUAUGAACAAAAGACUUUUCAAGGCAACACAGAUAACAAUGGACAAGUAAAGAACUACAUCUACCCACCAAUAUUUUCCAGAUUCAUCCGAAUUAUUCCAAAACUAUGGCAGAAAUCCAUUACUAUGAGGAUUGAGCUGCUUGGUUGUGAUUUUGAAUAAACAUUCUGCUAUCUUUCACUAAUAAAUAAAAAUAUGUUGUGUGUUAGAAGAA